ACUGGUAAUGGCUACUUGUACCAGAGACACAGUUUCUGCUCUUUAGCUUAUUUUACAUCUUUGCUUCACUUAAAUGUGUGUCUCCACCCGCAAGACGCUGCAGUCCUGCAAAAGACACCCGCUCCUGCAGAGCCUCGCGCAGCCCUGGGUGCUCAAAGCCAGGCACCGGGAAAGGCCUGUCUCGAGACCACAUGGCACGCCCCGAUCGCAGGUUAUUUCAACGUCUGGGCGACGGCACCCGGAUCUGAAGUAUUAGGGUGCCUCCAGCACCGACGUGUUUUCUUCCCCAGCUGAGGAGAGACCGUGGGUGGAAAAUCCUCUGCAGCAAGGGGGUUGGGGGCGCCAUCACUUGUUGCGACCAAUAAACGGUGCUCGAUCCCGGAGAGCUGCUGUUUCUAAAAUCAUCUUAAACUGUGUUUGGGAUUCCCCCAAUCCGCGCCCCUCGGCUUGGCCGCUUUUAGGACAGAAGAGGGAACCGCGCACCAGAGUGGGCCGAGUGGGCACUGAUGCCCGAGGGGCGCGGGUCUGUCCCGCCCUGUGGCAGCCGCCCGGCUUCCCUCGUUGAGCCUCUCUCCUGACCGGGAACUCGCGCGGGAUACAGCCCAUUGCGGCUCGUCACCGACUUACACAUCGCUGUCGCUAGGAUUCCCGCCACUCCUCUCAAACCGCCCCCCCUCGCACCCUGCCACUUUUCGGAGUCCCCCGCCCCCGCUACUGCCUCCCCGGAGCUGCGGGGCAGUUGGACGCGGAGCCGCUGAGCCGCGAGGACGCCCGGCUGGAGCUGCCCUCUGCACCCGAGCCAAAGCUCCCUGCCUUUUGCCGCGGCGCUGGGCGGGCGCCCCCGCCGCCCUCGCUCGGCUCCCGCACCUCCGGGAGCUCAGCCGCCGCCCGGUGCUGCGGGGCCGGCGCGAUGCGGCAGCUGUGCCGGGGCCGCGUGCUGGGCAUCUCGGUGGCCAUCGCGCACGGUGUAUUCUCGGGCUCCCUCAACAUCCUGCUCAAGUUCCUCAUCAGCCGCUACCAGUUCUCCUUCCUGACCCUGGUGCAGUGCCUGACCAGCUCCACAGCGGCGCUGAGCCUGGAGCUGCUGCGGCGCCUUGGGCUCAUCGCUGUGCCCCCCUUCGGCCUGAGCCUGGCGCGCUCCUUCGCGGGGGUCGCAGUGCUCUCCACACUGCAGUCGAGUCUCACGCUCUGGUCCCUGCGCGGUCUCAGCUUGCCCAUGUACGUGGUCUUCAAGCGCUGCCUGCCCCUGGUCACCAUGCUCAUCGGCGUUCUGGUGCUCAAGAACGGCGCACCCUCGCCGGGGGUGCUCACGGCCGUGCUCAUCACCACCUGCGGCGCCGCCCUGGCAGGAGCGGGCGACCUGACUGGAGACCCCAUCGGGUAUGUAACGGGUGUGCUAGCGGUGCUAGUGCACGCCGCCUACCUGGUGCUCAUCCAGAAGGCGAGCGCCGACACCGAUCACGGGCCGCUCACCGCGCAGUAUGUCAUCGCCGUCUCUGCCACGCCACUGCUGGUGGUCUGCUCUUUCGCCAGCACUGACUCCAUCCACGCCUGGGCCUUUCCUGGCUGGAAGGACCCCGCCAUGGUCUGCAUCUUCGUGGCCUGCAUACUGAUCGGCUGCGCCAUGAACUUCACCACUCUACACUGUACCUACAUCAACUCAGCCGUGACCACCAGCUUCGUGGGCGUGGUGAAAAGCAUCGCCACCAUCACGGUGGGCAUGGUGGCUUUCAGCGAUGUGGAGCCCACCUCUCUGUUCAUUGCCGGUGUCGUGGUAAACACCCUGGGCUCCAUCAUUUACUGUGUGGCCAAAUUCAUGGAGACCAGAAGGCAAAGCAACUAUGAGGACCUGGAGUCGCAGCCCGAGGGAGAGGAAACGCAGCCAAGUGGAGACCAGCUGCCUUUCGUGAUGGAAGAGCUUCCCGGGGAGGGUAGAAAUGGGGGGACCCAGGGUGGGGAGGAAGCAGGUGGCUCCACUCAGCAGAGUGGACCAGAGUUGAGGGGCAGCCCCCGAGGGGGCGUCCCACUGGUGGCUAGGAGCUCAAAGAUCUCAGACACCUCUGAAGAAGGGAGUAAAAGGUCCUUAAAGGAUGCUUACCUGGAAGUGUGGAGGUUAGUUAGGGGAACCAAGUAUAUGAAGAAGGAUUAUUUGAUAGAAAAUGAGGAGUUACCCAGUCCUUGAGAAGGACAUGCACGUAUGUACACAUGUACAUACAGCUAUUUUAUAUGUUAGAAAUAAUAUAUUUUAAUGAGGGGCCUCCCAGCUUUAUUCUUUAAGGAGUGGUUAAGGAAAGCAAAGGAAGAAGCUCAAAGGACCUAUAGCAACAAAAUUAGCACUUAUGUGAAUUAUUUAGCAUGACUGAGGCAUCACAGAGAAAAAACAUGUGAAGGUGCUUAACAAAGUGAAACAGCACUUUCAGCUUCAAACUCCUGGCACACUUAGUUAUUUAUUUUUGUCUUUAUAACCAUAACCAAAAAUCUGCAUGUAUCAAGAAUCCCUCAACACCCUCUCCAAAGAUGGAGCGUAGAAAUGAUGACAGCACUUACUGAGUUCAAAGAUUAUAUUCAGGGGCACACUUUUGGUGAUAAGACUAGUUUCUAUUAUCAGCUAGGCAGAGUAUAGUGUUAAAAGGACAAUGUAAAUACACUAGAUUGAUGUUUACUGUUUAGAGUCAUCUGAAGUAUUAUGUUUACUCUAAUUUUUCUUCACUGGUUUUAAAAAAUUAGUAUUCUAAUGUUCUAUUAAAUAUUAGUGGAAAAUGUUGAAGCUAUUUUGAAACUGAGUUCUUAGCUUUAUAAUUAUGAAGUCUAGCAAUUAUAAAAAUAUUUAAAAUGUUGUUUUGACUCCUGGCUUUAUAGUAUUUAUUCUUGAAUGCCACAACCUUUUUAAAAGCCAGUUUUACUGUGUAAUAUUUUUUCAAGCAAAUGCAAUGGCUGAUAUUAAAAUACAUUUUUGCCUGUAGCCCAGUCAGAAGAGAGACCACGGGUUAAGGCCAUCCAAGUUGCACUGCAUAUCCCAAAUCAUGUUACAAAAAGAGCAACUGCUAUAUUCACAUUAUGGUAUUUUUCUAUCUUAAAUUUGUCAAAAUAAAGUAUGAGUCUGUAUGUUAAAAGAUAAUAUUGUUAGAAAUUUGUUUUAGACACACUCAUGCUCUCUUGUUGCUGUAUAGUCUGUGUUUGCCUAUGAUGUGUGGGUGUAGUAUCUGGUGGGUGGGUGACAGCCCAUUGGGAACUCUCUAAAUUAACAUGGCAGUUUGGCUUAAAACAAAAACAGAAACAUUUUUUUCUAGUGAGGGAAACUAUGAUAAAGUAAACAAAUGUCUCAUGCUGAGAUAUGAAAGUCAUUCAUGCCAGCCUUCAGUUCACAAGGAGUUUGAGAGAAUGAAUAGUAGCAUCCACCUGUGAAGAGGCCUUCUGUCAACUCCUGUAGGCAAGGUACUUGACAGUGAGGGCACUCUUAUUCACAAGGCUAUUUCUGAGGCUCUCAAGACUAUGCUGGUUUAUGUUUUUCUUCCUUUUCCAAACAUAACAAUAAAAUAAAAAGCAGAAGCCAAAAAUGAAGUUCUGGGUCCAUCCAUUUGGCUCUAGGAGUGAGCUACUGAGCAGGUGUGAUUGUGGUGCUUUGGAUGGAUCCUGAAUUACUGAUUUUCACAGGGGAUUCAUUUUUGCUUCUGAAAGUGCCUCUACAAGUCAUCGAAGAUAUAGGAGCCCUCAUGUGGCUGCAGUUAGAAGUGGUUAGCCAGAGAUAGGACUUUUUAAAAAAUAAGCAUCAAUUUUGCUGUCAACAUGCUAGAGGGCAAUGUCCUGUUGCAAUAGUGUGAAACUGAGAAUUAAUGAAAAGUGGCAAAGUCGAACAAAAUAUUUUUUUUUGGUUAAUAUCACUGUCAAAUAAAUGAAUAGAAUGAUUGUUUUUCACUGAACAAAAUUCCCUUUUGGUUAAAAAUGUGAGUUUGCAUUUAUUGUAGAAAGACUCAUUCUUUCCUGCCAAUAAACUUGUAGAAGGUUUGUAUUA